GCCUCAGCUCCGGCGGUUUGAAGCGCGGCGGCUGUUGCUGCCGGUAACGGUCGCGAAGGGAGCACGGGAGCGGCCGGGCCCUCACAGAAUCCACCCAAUCUGGUGAAAAUCAUGGAUACAAUGGGAGCAGACAGGUAUGAAUGGACCACUCUGGAUGCUGAGGAGCCGCCAGCUGCAGUGCGGUACCCCCAGCGUGGAGGCAGCAAGCUGUGGGCACACCCCCACCACGAUCCCUAUGUCGAUGCCUCCCUCACUUUGGGAACACAGCCAGGCUCUCCUCGAUGUUCACAGGAGCAGAGAGGAGGCAGGAGGCUGGUCAUGAAAAGGAAGGUGCUGAGGCGCAGACCUGAUGGCGGAGUGGAGGUGUCUGAUGAGUCAGUGCCCGGCGAGCCCGAGAGCGAUCCCGGGGUUUGGAGCCCCAGGCAGGAAUUGUCUGAGCCAGACGACAGCAUCUCUGAGGGGGAGAUUGAGACCAGCAGCAGCUCCCAUGAUGAAUCUCUGUGCCAGUGGCUCCCUCUGGACAGCUCCCCCUCUCUCCUUGGGGAUUUCGGGAGCAGGAGCUCUCCUGUUUCUCAGUACUCAGCAGGACAACCCAAAUCCUUCAUCCCACCACGGCUAGAGCUGCUGGGACGGAAUAGGGGGAAAACCGACCGAGUGGCCAAAUACUUUGAGUAUAAACGAGAAUGGGAGAAGUUCCGGAUCCCGGGAGAGGAUCAGCGGCAGGAACUGCGCUGGAGCAUCCGGGAGCAGAUGCUCUGCAAGGCCGAGCUUCCCGGGAAGCCACGACACCUCUAUGUCCCCAACACCUACACGGUGCCCACUGAGAAGAAGAGAGCUGCCCUGCGCUGGGAAGUGCGCUGGGACCUGGCCAACGGCCUCAUUCCCAGGAAAGCCACCUCCACCUAGGCCCGCUCCAUAUAGAUACCUCUGAACCACAACACAUUGAAUGCAUUUUUCCCCUCAAAAUCCUUGAUAAUUUGGUAAAUCUCCCUUUUUUUACGCAUUUCUAGAGGGUUAAAUCCUGGUAUUAAAACUUCACCUGGCGCAGAGGGAAAAGCUUCCUCCUGAGUUCAGGUUCGGGGCAUUAGGAAUCAGGAUGUAAGGAUCUUUGGGAUUUGAGUGCUCCUGGGUUCUUAUGUGAGGUUUUAUUUAUGGCAAUAUCUCUAAUAAAGUGUGUGGAAAGAUU